CGGUGCCGCGGUAGCUGGCUCUGGCUUGUGGCGUCCAAGGGGCCGCGACGGUUUCUGCCCUCGGGCCGUGGGGGCGGCAAGGCUGGGCUGACUCCUGCGGCGGCCCGAAGCUCCGCGUUAGGCACCAGUUCAGGGAGGCGUUGUUGCUGUAGCUGCGGGUUCAGGGUAGUGCCGGUGACCUCGCUGCAGGUACUUUGCGCCGGCCGCGCUCGCCGGAGGAAGAGGAGGAGGAGGGCGGCCACCAGCCUCACGGGUCUUCUGGGUCUGCGGCCUUGGAGUUCAUGAGGGCUCCGGGGUAGCUCCAUCUCUAAGGAGGCUGCAGGAGUUCGAGUCAUCGGGUUUGGGAGAAGCAGCCUAGGACACCUGGGGGCACGAAGCAGGCCGCAAGGACUUCAUGUUCUUCCCCAGAGGACCGGCUUCUCCGCGUUGAUUAUCCCCUCUUUCUUUACCACUUCCUCUCAAUGUCCUCCCCAUACAUCUGGAAAUAUGAUCAGCGCCCCUGACGUGGUGGCCUUCACCAAAGAGGACGACUACGAGGAAGAGCCUUACAAUGAGCCGGCCCUGCCCGAGGAGUACUCGGUGCCACUCUUCCCGUUCGCCACCCAGGGAGCCAACCCGUGGUCCAAACUUUCCGGGGCCAAGUUCUCGAGGGACUUCAUUCUUAUUUCCGAGUUCUCUGAGCAGGUGGGACCCCAACCCUUGCUGACCAUCCCCAAUGACACCAAGGUUUUUGGCACUUUUGAUCUCAAUUACUUCUCCCUGCGGAUCAUGUCUGUGGAUUACCAGGCUUCCUUCGUGGGUCAUCCUCCUGGUUCUGCCUACCCCAAGUUGAACUUUGUGGAGGACUCCAAGGUGGUACUGGGCGAUUCCAAGGAGGGAGCCUUUGCAUAUGUGCACCACCUUACUCUGUACGACCUGGAGGCCCGUGGUUUCGUGAGACCCUUUUGCAUGGCUUAUAUCUCAGCAGACCAGCAUAAAAUCAUGCAGCAGUUCCAGGAACUUUCGGCUGAAUUUUCCAAAGCUUCUGAGUGCUUGAAGACAGGCAACAGGAAGGCAUUUGCUGGGGAACUUGAGAAAAAACUGAAAGACCUGGAUUACACCAGGACAGUGCUGCACACAGAAACAGAGAUCCAGAAGAAAGCCAACGACAGAGGCUUUUACUCAUCUCAGGCAAUUGAGAAAGCCAAUGAACUGGCCAGCGUGGAGAAGUCCAUCAUUGAACAUCAAGACCUGCUGAAGCAGAUCCGCUCAUACCCUCAUCGGAAGUUGAAGGGGUCUGAUUUGUGUUCUGGUGAGAUGGAGCACUCCCGGGAUCAGGUCAACCAGGCAUCCACUACCUCUAACCCUGAUGAGCCUGCUGACACAGACCUUUACACCCGCAGACCAGCCUACACCCCAAAACUCAUCAAAGCAAAGCCCACCAAGUGUUUUGACAAGAAAUUGAAGACUUUGGAGGAGCUCUGUGACACUGAAUAUUUCACCCAGACCUUGGCUCAGCUCAGCCACAUUGAGCACAUGUUCAGAGGAGACCUGUGCUACCUCCUGACCAGUCACAUUGACAGAGCACUUUUAAAGCAACAGCACAUAACAAACUUCCUCUUUGAAGACUUUGUGGAAGUGGAUGACAGGGUGGUGGAGAAACAAGAGAGUAUACCCUCUAAGCCCAGUCAAGACAGACCACCUUCCAGGUCUCUGGAAGAAUGCCCCAUUCCUAAAGUGUUAAUUAGUGUUGGUUCUUACAAGUCCAGUGUAGAGUCUGUGCUGAUCAAGAUGGAGCAGGAACUUGGAGAUGAGGAGUACAAGGAAGUGGAGGUGACAGAAUCAGGCAGUUUUGACCCCCAGGAAAACUUGGACUAUUUGGAUAUGGACAUGAAAGGUAGUAUCAGCAGUGGUGAGAGCAUCGAGGUUUUGGGCACAGAGAAGUCCACGUCCGUGCUGUCUAAGUCUGACAGCCAGUCCAGUCUCACGGUACCAUUGAGCCCCCAGGUGGUCCGUAGCAAAGCUGUCAGCCACAGGACCAUCAGCGAGGACAGUAUUGAAGUCCUCAGCACCUGCCCCUCUGAGGCCCUCAUCCCUGAUGACUUUAAGGCCAGCUACCCAAGUGCCAUUAAUGAAGAAGAAUCAUAUGCAGAUGAUAAUGAGGGAGCCAUCCACUUCCGGGCAAGCAUCAGCCCGCCGGAGCUGGGUGAGGCUGAGGAGGGCAGCUUGGAAGACACCCCAUCACAAAUAGACUCCUCCUGCUGUAUUGGGAAGGAGAGUGACGGUCAGUUGGUGCCACUGUCUACUCCAGCCCACACCGAGGACAGUGUGGUGAGCAUUCCCCCACAGCGCUAUAGGCAGGACCAGGAAUUCCAUGUGGACUUUGCAGUGGAAAACACCAACCCUUCUUCCCGAGACAACAGUUGUGAAGGGUUCCCCGCUUAUGAGCUGGACCCAAGCCACCUGCUGGCUAGCCGGGAUGUCAGUAAGACCAGCCUGGACAACUACUCAGACAGCACCAGCUACAUGAGCAGCAUUGCCUCCACCAGCUCGGACAGGGCCCUCUCCUCUGCUCAUUCUGCCAGCCUGUCUUCUGAGAGGCAUAAAAAAAGGGCUGGCCAGAACGCCUUAAAAUUCAUCCGCCAGUACCCCUUUGCUCACCCAGCCAUCUAUUCCCUGCUCAGUGGGAGGACGCUUGUGGUCCUGGGGGAAGAUGAGGCCAUAGUCAGGAAGCUUGUAACAGCACUGUCCAUUUUUGUCCCCAAUUAUGGCCGCUAUGCCAAACCUGUGAAGCACUGGGUCUCCUCACCUUUGCACAUUAUGGAUUUUCAGAAGUGGAAGCUUAUUGGCCUGCAGAGAGUGGCCUCCCCUGCCAAUGCCAGCACCCUCCAUGCCCUGGGCCGCUAUAGCCGCUACACGAGCAUCCUGGACCUGGACAACAAAACCCUGCGCUGUCCCCUCUACAGAGGCACUCUCGUGCCCCGCCUGGCUGACCACCGCACUCAGAUCAAGCGGGGCAGCACCUACUAUCUGCACGUCCAGAGCAUGCUCACCCAGCUCUGCUCCAAGGCCUUCCUCUACACCUUUUGCCACCACCUGCACCUGCCUCCCCAUGAUAAGGAGGCAGAGGAACUGCUUGCCAGUCGCCAAGCGAGCUUCCUAAAGCUGAAUCUGGGUCUGGUGAAUGAAGAUAUCAGGGUGGUCCAGUACCUGGCUGAGCUGCUGAAGCUGCACUACAUGCAGGAGUCUCCCGGGACCAGCCGCCCCAUGCUCAGGUUUGACUAUGUCCCCAGCUUUUUAUACAAAAUCUGAGGUUGGUCCCAG